UAAUAAUAAUAAUAAUAAUAAUAAUAAUAAGUUGUUAUUGGGUCUUUACUGUUCAUUCACUUAGAAUUGAACGUACCAGCGUUCCGAUGUGCUAUGAACUUAUUACCGGUGUACGCUUGACAAUAAACCAUUCGUACCCUCCGACGAAACUCCGCCCAUCCGACUGUCAACCGAAACAGAUACCGCUAGCUAAUUUAGCUCAAUGCAGCUGCUAGAAAAAAUGCCGCUUCCUACUUUAACGUUGCUUAUUUGAAACAUUUCUCGAGAGGUCGCUUACGAGUCAGCGAAAACGAAACGUUCCCCCGGGAUGUGCUCAGUUGCUGGAUGUAAUUCGUCGCGUCGCAGUGCGCAGCUAUUUAAAUUACCGGAAGAUCCGGAGGAGAGACUGGAAUGGGUCAUGUUUAUAGCUGAAGUCAACAAGCAGUGCUUUAAGGAGUCGUCGUGGACUGAUAUCUCUGUUUGUAGCGAACACUUUCCAGACGACUGUCUUGUCACUGUGGAUGACAGAGUCCAGCUGAAGCCUAGCGCUGUUCCCUCAUUGUGUUUGAAUAUGGGAGCUGAGGAGAGCUCUGAGUGGGAGGCUCCAACAGAAGAUGCAACCUCCAGCAUCGUCUCAGAGGUUCCCCAGAUUGAUGCUGUUCUUGAUGAGGAGAGUGACCCUAAAGAUGGAUCUGUGGAAUCGAGUGAUUCGGGUGAAAUGGAUUCGGAUGAGGACUGGAAGCCAGCGCGGGGUGUUUUCCCCGUGAAAUUAUUUCCUGCGAAACAAAGCAACGAUUCUGUAGAGCAUAUUGACUACUGCGACUAUCUUUCACUCACCCCCAUACACAGCCAACUCUGCACCGACUGUGGAAGGUUCUUUGAUAGACGAAAACCUCACACCUGUGAGCACAAAGUCAAGCCUUAUUCCUGUUACAUUUGUGGGAAAAGAUGUGUCAAUGAGGUGGCUUUGAAUUUUCACAGCAGAAUUCAUAAUGAGGACUAUGAGUUUAAUUGCAAAUUCUGCAAUGUUACAUUUAAGUUGAAGGCAGACAAAUUUGCACAUGAGCAGAUCCAUAUAACCCAAGGGAAACCGUACAAAUGUCCAGACUGUUUGGAAACUUUUGCCACAAACAAGGAGCGCAGAAUCCACCUGGAAAAUCACAGAGGGACAAUAGAGUUGAAAUGUCGCUUCUGUGGGGUUGAGUUCUUCCGCGCUCUUUCCAUUCAGAGACAUUUAUUGAUCCAUACUGGCGCAAAACCGUACAAGUGUUCAGUUUGCCAGCGUGGCUUCAACCAGUCAAGCCAUUUGAAGUCUCACAUGCGCCUGCACACUGGGGAGAGGCCUUACAAGUGUCAGCGCUGUGACAAGUGCUUUAAUCACAACGUGAGCUUAAAGAACCACAUCCAACGUUAUCACCCUGUACAUUCUGGACCAGAAGCACAGACCGAUACAAAAAUCAACCAGAAAAGAGACGCUAACAGUUCUAAAUCUGACAUGUUCAGGAAACGUAUAAGCCAGGAUCUUGACAGUGAUGAAGAGGAACAGGACACAGAUUCUGAUGCACAGAUUACCGAUGAUGAGACUCGAAUGGAAGGGUUUUACAGACCUAAAAGUAGAAGAAGGGGCACAGGUAGACCAAUAGGGCGACCUAAAAACUUUGAAUCAAAUGUUGUAAAAACUGGAAAGCUAAAUGGGAAGAGCCAGAAAUAAAAAUCUAUAUGAAGAGAACAAGGUGCCUGGCUCCAAUCCUUCAAAGCUGAAAUAUUGACACUGAAAAUUUGCAACAUGUUCUUAGAACGUUUAUUUUUAUUUUAUAUAAAUGGACAAAACUGCCCUAGUAUUGCCUUUAAAUGUAAAUAAUUUUUUUAUUUCAAAGUACUUCUUUAUUGACUUAUGUAGUGAUUUAAAUGUUCAAACUGUA